CUUAUGUUUUUUAAUUUACGUCUCCGCAAUUUUCUGUUGCCACUUGGAGGAUUGUAAACAUAUGUUUUAUUGCUAGCUACACAGAAAGCAGAUAGCCAAAACGUACGAGAUAAUUGUUGUAUUCUGCCUGUAUCAUACAAUUGCUUUGUUUCUCAGUUCUGUGUAAUAACUGCACAUAUAUCAGCUGUUUAGUGGUCUGAAGCUAGCUAGCUGUCAUAAUAAUCAACACAAGAGACAGCAAGAAGACAAUAUAGCAAUCGUUACUGCAAAGCUGACAUAAUGGCAUCGUUGGCUGCACACGAGCCGAAUAUAAGCCCAAAUUCCAUACCAGUCCUCGCAGACGCUCUGAUGCCCGCGAGCAUUUUCGCUCCGGAUGGAGGAGGUUGUGGAGAUCAUGACGCCGGGGAAGAGUGCCUCGAGGACGGCGACCUCUUCAACGGCGAGACCGGGGAUCUCGGUAUUGACUUCACUAGCAAGGUGGCCCUGGUCAGCCCUAAUGGAGAGCAGUAUGACUCGUUACUACGACAACUCCGGGAGAGGAUGGACGAGGGUUGUGGGGAGACCAUCUACGUUGUUGGGAUGGGCUCAGACGGAGGUGACUAUGGUCUGGAUGAGGGAGACAUGGAGGCGUCUGUAGCCACAGUUCAGUCCCUGUGUGAGCAGACCGAGUCAGAGCUGAUCCUGCUGAGGGAGCGUAUCGAAGCUGGGGGGCAGGUACGCGACUACCUCAUCCGCCGACGCGUGGGUGAUCAAGACUUCUUGGAGGUCAGGGUAGCAGUGGUGGGUAACGUGGAUGCAGGUAAGAGCACCCUGCUGGGGGUGUUGACCCACGGGGAACUGGACAACGGCAGGGGGUUCGCCCGCCAGAAACUCUUCAGGCACAAACACGAAAUGGAGAGUGGCAGGACCAGCAGUGUGGGGAAUGACAUCCUGGGCUUCGACCAGAAGGGACAGGUGGUGAAUAAGCCAGACAGCCAUGGUGGCAGUCUAGACUGGACUAAGAUCUGUGAGAGGUCCUCUAAGGUCAUCACCUUCAUAGACCUAGCUGGACAUGAGAAGUAUCUCAAGACCACAGUGUUUGGAAUGACUGGACACCUGCCUGACUUCUGCAUGCUCAUGGUGGGCAGUAAUGCAGGUAUUGUAGGGAUGACUAAGGAGCAUCUAGGUCUGGCCCUGGCCCUCAAUGUGCCUGUGUUCGUAGUGGUCACCAAGAUAGACAUGUGUCCUGCCAACAUCCUACAAGAGACGUUAAAGCUGCUCCAGAGGUUACUAAAGUCCCCAGGCUGCAGAAAGAUCCCUGUUCUGGUCCAAAACAAAGAUGACGUCAUCGUCACAGCCUCCAACUUCAGCUCUGAGAGGAUGUGUCCAAUCUUCCAGAUCUCCAAUGUGACAGGAGAGAACAUGGACCUGCUGAAGAUGUUCCUCAACCUGCUGUCUUCUAAAACCUCCUACAGAGAAGACGAACCUGCAGAGUUCCAGAUAGAUGACACCUACUCAGUACCGGGUGUAGGCACAGUCGUUUCAGGGACUACUUUACGUGGAUUGAUACGUCUGAAUGACACAAUGUUGUUAGGCCCAGACCCACUGGGCAGUUUCCUCCCCAUUGCAGUCAAAUCUAUCCACAGGAAGAGGAUGCCAGUCAAGGAGGUGAGAGGUGGACAGACUGCCUCCUUCGCCCUCAAAAAGAUCAAGCGUUCAUCCAUAAGGAAAGGCAUGGUGAUGGUGUCCCCCAGGUUAAACCCACAGGCAUCAUGGGAAUUUAUGGCUGAGAUUCUGGUUCUGCACCACCCAACUACGAUAUCACCCCGCUACCAGGCCAUGGUGCACUGUGGCAGCAUCAGGCAGACAGCCACUAUCCUGACCAUGAACAGAGACUGUCUACGAACAGGGGACAAGGCAUCGGUCCACUUCCGCUUCAUCAAGACCCCCGAGUACCUCCACACAGACCAGAGACUGGUGUUCAGAGAGGGACGCACCAAGGCUGUGGGCACCAUCACCAAGCUGCUGCAGUCGACCAAUAAUAUGCCGUCAAACUUCAAACCCCCGCAAAUCAAAAUGCAGUCUACGAAAAAGGCCCCGUACCGCAGAGAGGAUGGAACCACGCCUGCCAAUGAGGACGAAGCGAGCACAGCCCGACCAGACAGUCCGCACCAAUCACAACAACUGACAGAGGGGGAGGAUGACCCUCAGAGUAAUGAGGGAAACAAAGAGAGCAAGACAAAGUCAGGAGGAGGGAGCAGGAGACGAGGAGGACAGAGACAUAAAGGCAAAUCAAACCAGAGCAGCUCCACCACAGCAGCCCCGUCAUCAGCAGGCACAGGAGGUUCCUAAACGACACCCCUCUCAGCCCCCAAACUACAGUACUUCCUCCAUCCACCUGUUUCAGCAGACAACUACCCCCCCUUCCCAAAACUACUCCACUACAAACCCCUGUCAAAAAAAAUGGGGUCAUAAAAUGUCCCUUUCCCAACCCCUCUCCCUCUAUACCACCCAUCUAUCUAUCGCCUUAUCUUAUCUUGUCUUUAUCACUCACACCAGAGAAAGUCUAGGUGAAAAGCAGCUCCCAGCUCUGUGCUUGUAGAUGGUUACCUCUGCCUCCUCACUCUCCUCAUCUUAUCUCUGAUUAGUUUAGAAAGCAUCCUUAUAUUUACAGUAUAUGAACCUGAUAUGCCUUCUUUCAUUGGGUCUACGGUGAGAAUCACUGUAAUACUGUGUAUAGUUAAUCAUGGGCCCGAAGCCACAUGGGCAGCUAUUCCCUUACAGUAGAGUAACCCAGCUCCAUGCACUAUAGCUCAUUGUUUCACUGUUUAGCAGGCAUACUAGUUACUCUCAUUUCCUAUUUACCACUAGAAUCCCCCAAUAUGACAUAAUGAAGCAUGUUUUCUAUUUAAUUUUAUACUAAAAUGUGAAGAUUAAUGAAAGGAAGUAAGGUCACAACUGACAUAGUGAAUGGUACAUUUUAGUGGGCCUUCAUUAUGAGUGAAAUAUUGUAGAUAAGAUGUUUAAUUGGCCAUUUAUGACCGAAAGGAAAGCCAGGGUUUGUCUGACUAUCAUCACACCCUUUCUCAAGUCCGUCCUCCAUGGCCCAGAAAGGGAUUGAGUGUUUGUGGGUGAAAUGGAAAAAUAUCCUCCUCUCCUCGAUAGCCACCUUUCAUGGAGGACAGUCAUGUGUAUCUUCCUCUUUGAAGAGUUUACAACUAUACUACACCCCUGUGAAUCAGCUGUUGUCUAAAUAAAUGUAAAUGCAUUUCACUUUACACUUAUUUUGGGAUCACACCUGUAAUUUUCCUGAGCAGAGGAGUCGUCAUUUAUCCACGUUCGUCAUUUUUCAGGAGGCGAGAGGAGUUGAAGGCAACUUGUCCUGUCUAAAAUGAUUCCAUUUACACUGAAAAUAAGGUUUAUUUAAGAAUAUAAUGUACACUUGAUUAGCAACUGUUUAAGUGAGACAUUGAUUGUAAUAAUAGUUGCAGUGCUGUUUGGACCAUCACUGUUUACAUAGUUGUGGAAUUCUGUUUGCUUCUGACAUUCACCAAUAAAAACAGGCUUUAUUGAUCUCUGAUUGGUCAACUGUUGUACAUGAAAUGAAUUUAUAUUUAAACAGUGAAAACUAUAGGCAUAGGGGUUGAAAUUAGGGUUAACGUUGUGUAUAGUUUCAGUGAGGUUAGUGAGUCUGAACUGAUACCAUUUGUCUGUGCAGUAUGACAGAAGUCUAUAGGUACGGUAGCAUUGCUACGGGUUAAGAUGAGGGGAAUGAAUACAAGUUACUGGGAUAGUAUACCACCAUUUUCUGAUGGUUAAAUACACUACCUUUCAUUUAAUAUCAGAGCACAGCAGGGAGAUUGAGUUUAUUUUCUUAUGUAUAUAGUGUAAUAUUACUGCAAGGUGAUGUGAGUCAAGUGGCUUUUCUUCAGUAAUUACACACCAAGAUGGAGGUUAGUUCGAUGGCGGAUGGACACAUCCAUUGUAAUAUAAAGAAAUUAACUGAAAUAAAAGUUUACAUAGUUCUUCCCAGUCAGCAAAGUGACUACUACAGAUACACUGUUUAGUAGCCCACAACGGAGAGCCAUGUUGGCACUAAACAUUUGGAGACAAUAGUGGAUGGAAUGCAGAGUAGAAUGGGAUUGUUGGGUACCAACACAGAUCGACAGCGUGGUUGGAGUAGGUUCCACUUCUCAAUCAGCACCUCCUACUACAAUACUGGUAGCAGGACACACGAACACAGGAGUACGUUCCACUUCUCAAUCAGCACAUCCUACUACAGUACUGGUAGCAGGACACACGGACACAGGAGUACGUUCCACUUCUCAAUCAGCACAUCCUACUACAGUACUGGUAGCAGGACACACGGACACAGGAGUACGUUCCACUUCUCAAUCAGCACAUCCUACUACAGUACUGGUAGCAGGACACACGGACACAGGAGUACGUUCCACUUCUCAAUCAGCACAUCCUACUACAGUACUGGUAGCAGGACACAGGAGUACGUUCCACUUCUCAAUCAGCACAUCCUACUACAGUACUGGUAGCAGGACACACGGACACAGGAGUACGUUCCACUUCUCAAUCAGCACAUCCUACUACAGUACUGGUAGCAGGACACACGAACACAGGAGUAGGUUCCACUUCUCAAUCAGCACAUCCUACUACAGUACUGGUAGCAGGACACACGAACACAGGAGUAGGUUCCACUUCUCAAUCAGCACAUCCUACUACAGUACUGGUAGCAGGACACACGGACACAGGAGUAGGUUCCACUUCUCAAUCAGCACAUCCUACUACAGUACUGGUAGCAGAACACAGGAGUAGGUUCCACUUCUCAAUCAGCACAUCCUACUACAGUACUGGUAGCAGGACACAGGAGUACGUUCCACUUCUCAAUCAGCACAUCCUACUACAGUACUGGUAGCAGAACACAGGAGUAGGUUCCACUUCUCAAUCAGCACAUCCUACUACAGUACUGGUAGCAGGACACACGGACACAGGAGUAGGUUCCACUUCUCAAUCAGCACAUCCUACUACAGUACUGGUAGCAGGACACAGGAGUACGUUCCACUUCUCAAUCAGCACAUCCUACUACAGUACUGGUAGCAGGACACACGAGUACGUUCCACUUCUCAAUCAGCACAUCCUACUACAGUACUGGUAGCAGGACACACGGACACAGGAGUACGUUCCACUUCUCAAUCAGCACAUCCUACUACAGUACUGGUAGCAGGACACACGGACACAGGAGUAGGUUCCACUUCUCAAUCAGCACAUCCUACUACAGUACUGGUAGCAGGACACAGGAGUACGUUCCACUUCUCAAUCAGCACAUCCUACUACAGUACUGGUAGCAGGACACAGGAGUACGUUCCACUUCUCAAUCAGCACAUCCUACUACAGUACUGGUAGCAGGACACACGGACACAGGAGUACGUUCCACUUCUCAAUCAGCACAUCCUACUACAGUACUGGUAGCAGGACACAGGAGUACGUUCCACUUCUCAAUCAGCACAUCCUACUACAGUACUGGUAGCAGGACACAGGAGUACGUUCCACUUCUCAAUCAGCACAUCCUACUACAGUACUGGUAGCAGGACACACGGACACAGGAGUACGUUCCACUUCUCAAUCAGCACAUCCUACUACAGUACUGGUAGCAGGACACACGGACACAGGAGUACGUUCCACUUCUCAAUCAGCACAUCCUACUACAGUACUGGUAGCAGGACACACGGACACAGGUGCUACUACGACAUCAGAUCAGUGCCCACUGUAGCAAAAC